ACACAAAGCGUAUAAAAAGCGUUGAGAAGAGUAGGCUUCAGUGUCUGGGAUCUCAGUGGUGGAGAUGUUGUUUUCGGGGAGGGUCGACUUUACGCUGACAUCGAGACUGAGGAUCUGUGCUUCAUGUAACAUUUCUGGACGCACAUGUUAGACGGAGCUGCUCUUUCCCCUUGUCCUUCAGCACCACGGCUUUGGACAGCACCAGACGACCAGACCCUCCUUCACCUUGACCCUUAGGAUAGCUGUUUACUUCACUUGACUUUAUGGAAACAUUUUGCACAUUUUGCAAAGUAAAUUUCCAAGUGUUCAUCUUGGAGCGGAACCAACGGAUACACCGCCACAAACGUUCCGGCAGGAGAAACUGUUCCAGUGUCAGUGUUUUUUGACUAAUCUUUGGUUAACCGAACCGCGAAGCUGCUGUCUACGUGGACAGGUGCUGAACUCUUUCGUCCGACCGCAAGGACCAAACCCAGAGACAUGACCACGAACGGCACGAAAGCCUCUGAUGGACACGUUUUAACAGAGGUCAACGAAGCGCCCACUGCCAACGACAAACCAAAAACUCUGGUGGUUAAAGUUCAGAAGAAAAUGGAACUUCCUGACAGAGAAACAUGGCAGGGAAAAUUUGACUUUCUUCUGUCUUGUGUUGGCUAUGCUAUUGGACUUGGCAAUGUCUGGAGAUUUCCUUAUCUAUGCGGGAAAAACGGAGGAGGGGCAUUCUUGAUUCCUUACUUUCUGACCCUUAUAUUUGCCGGGGUCCCGUUGUUUCUUCUGGAAACGUCCCUCGGUCAAUACACGUCCGUUGGUGGUCUUGGAGUGUGGAAACUGGCCCCUAUGUUUAAAGGUGUUGGUCUGGCGGCAGCAGUACUGUCUUUCUGGCUUAACAUUUACUACAUUGUCAUCAUUUCUUGGGCUAUUUACUAUCUCUAUAACUCAUUCACCACAGAGCUCCCCUGGAAAUCGUGUGACAACCCAUGGAAUACAGACAAAUGUUUCUCAAACUACAGCAUGGCAAACACUGCCAAUAUGACAAGCGCCGUCACAGAGUUUUGGGAACGUAAUAUGCAUCAACUGACCGACGGUUUGGAAAAGCCAGGAGAGAUAAGACUGCCACUGGCAAUAACAUUGGCUAUCGCCUGGGUUCUGGUCUAUUUUUGUAUCUGGAAGGGUGUAGGCUGGACUGGAAAGGUGGUAUAUUUCUCGGCCACAUACCCAUACGUCAUGCUUUUUAUUCUGUUCAUCCGUGGAGUGACACUGCCGGGAGCGAAAGAGGGCAUUUUGUUCUAUAUCACGCCUGAGUUCAGCAAGCUAAAAGAAUCAGAGGUGUGGCUUGACGCAGCCACUCAAAUCUUCUUCUCGUAUGGUCUGGGCCUGGGCUCUCUCAUCGCCCUUGGGAGCUACAACACUUUCAACAAUAACGUUUACAAAGACUCCAUCAUCGUCUGCUGCAUCAAUUCCUUCACCAGUAUGUUCGCCGGAUUCGUCAUUUUCUCAAUCGUGGGCUUCAUGGCCCACAUCACAAAACGGCCCAUAGCAGACGUGGCUGCCUCAGGUCCAGGGCUGGCGUUCUUGGCGUACCCAGAAGCAGUAACCCAGUUGCCCAUCUCACCACUUUGGGCAAUUCUGUUUUUCUCAAUGUUGCUUAUGCUUGGCAUUGACAGUCAGUUCUGUACUGUGGAAGGCUUUAUCACAGCUCUGGUGGAUGAGUUCCCCCGCUUGCUGCGAGGAAGACGAGAGAUCUUUAUCGCCGUUGUCUGCUUCGUGUCAUAUAUUAUUGGCCUGUCAAACAUCACACAGGGUGGCCUGUAUGUCUUCAAACUGUUUGACUACUACUCUGCUAGUGGAAUGUGUCUACUGUUCCUGGUGUUCUUUGAAUGCAUCUCCAUAUCAUGGUUCUAUGGCGUCAAUAAGUUCUACGGCAAUAUCGAGGAGAUGAUCGGCUACAAGCCCUGCAUCUGGUGGAAACUCUGUUGGGUUGUGUUUACCCCUUUGAUUGUGGCGGGCGUCUUUCUCUUCAGUGCCAUUCAAAUGGUCCCGCUAAAAUUGAAUAAUUACGUGUUCCCAAAGUGGGGACAGGGUGUAGGGUGGUGCAUGGCCCUAUCAUCCAUGGUUCUGAUCCCAGGAUACAUGGGCUACAUGUUCCUCACUCUGAAGGGCUCGUAUAAAGAGCGCCUUCGGAUAAUGAUCCAACCCACAUCGAUGGUUCGAACUCAAGAGAACGGACCCGAACAACAAGCUGAAAACCCCACCCCGGCCAACGACGAGGCCUACAUCUAACCCCUCAUCUCCUCCAUCCCUAAAGGUCAACUUUCAGAGCGAGAACACAAGCGUAAUCACGGUUGAACACAACCAAGGACUUCCAUGUCUAAAAUAUUAUCACCUACCUCCAAGGGAAAACCAACCUGAUUACAGUUUGAGGUUUUUUGGAACAUACAUAUGGUCCGAAAAAUCUAUCCAAUCUAUGUUUUAGGGUUAAUCUGUUUUUAUAUGCAAGAUAUUACUCACACAAAAAGGCGUAUAACCACAGGAUUACUUAAUUUAAACAAUAAUUCCAAAAUUGGCACCCCAAUGUAAUUCCAACACCACUGUGUUAAUUUAAUAUUACAUGUAAUUAAUGUAUUAAAAUAUAAAAAUACAAUUGUAUCUUAGAAUCAAAUUGUAUUUAAUUGUAUCUGAAAAAAAUAAAUAUAAAUAUAAAAA